AUGAGCUCACCGCUAACAAAUGCUGAGAAGAAUGUAUGGGAGACAAUAAAUAAUUUUCAAGGGCAAUUAGACUCCACUUUCAAAUCCAAUCAAAUUGUGCAUGACUAUGCCCCACUAAAAGGAUUUUUAUCCUUUGUUGACUCUAAGUUGACUCGUAUGGUCAUUGAAUCCUUGAGGGAGCAGCAUGCAGUAUAUGAAAAUGCCGACGGGACCAUAGAUGAUAAGACAGUGCCUUUGAUCCUCAGACUCUAUUGGGAAAAGAUAUGUUAUCCCAUCUUCAAGUGGUUUCAGGCAUGGAGGAAAAUGCUAUUGCCCAAGACACCAAAGGAUCAACCUAAAUAUGUGGAGUUUAGAAGGAUGAAUGCCAAAUUGACAAAAUUUUUCAAGUCUACUCACAAAUUCUAUUACAAUAUCCUGGAAGAUUUGGCUGCGCGCUAUGAUUGCUCAGUUGUGCUGCCUUUGGAGAUUCUAAAAGAGCUGAACUUGCAUGGAAAGAGCUCCGAUUUACGGAUCAAACUGGAUUCAAAUAAUAGUUUCACGAUUUUCAUUAUGAGAACGUUGCAUACUUGUCUGCUAUACCUCGGGGCGGCUCACCGUUACAAAGCCGCUGGUGAGAAGGUUAACAACAGGUAUCAGGUUCAGGAUUUCCAAAAAUCGAUCAGAUACUUGGAUUUGGCAUGUAUGAUACUACCGUCUAUUGGUGAGGCCUAUCUGCAAAAAGGUCUUAUUUAUGUGCAAACGGACAAUCUUGGAUCGGCCACCCAUCAGUUCAUCAGAAGUGCACUAGCAAGGAUUCCAAGUCGUGCUGCUCGCACAAAUUUUGCUACCAUCAUACAUGACAGAAACAGUCAAUUACAUCAAAAGUUUGAUAAGAUUUUGAUUGAUUUGAAUCGCCAAGUGUCUGAUAAAACAAGAAUCGUCAACAGGGAAAUAAUUGAGUAUUAUUUCUUGGCAUUGUUCGCCACGAACUUUUCCCCUCAGACUUGGGUCAACCCCAUGAGGGAAGACUGUUUGCAAAAUGGUUUACAGCUAAAUAUGCUGGAAAAUACAUUGAACGACACAAUCAUGACCAGGUACAUCAAGAACAUCGAUGUAUUGUUUGAAGAACUCAUCACGGUAAUCGGUGGUUUUGAUCUUCUACUCAUUAGUUGCCGGAAAGGAACUGAGAAUUUCGACCCAAGAACAACGAAUUUAAAAGACCUGAAGAAAAAUCACUUAUCCUACCUCGCCUUUGCAUUCAAUUUCAUCACCAACAUGUUGAACGUGAUAAAAGAGUCAUGGAUUAGAAAUCUCGAAGACUAUCAUUAUCUGGCUAUGGUAAGAGUAGUAGAAUGCUGGCUAAAAUCUAAUCGUGCCGCAUUGCAAUACUCUCAUCGCGACGAAAGGUUUUGUAAAGCUUUCGCGCUAUUGUUGAACGAUAUUUUGAAGAGUGAUAUGUUCGAUAUGAAAACGAUGUCUACCAGUAAACCCGCAAGAUCCUAUUUUUUCCAGGAGGACAUUCGUUUAAAAGAGUUUUUUGCCGUGAAGAACGCAUUGGCAGACUUUGAUGAUACUAAGAUCUAUUCCAUGGAGGACUCGGCCGCCAGAUUGAUGGGGUUUGUACCUGAGGAUGAAAGACUGGAUGCACUCGAGGAAGCCUCUUUAAGGCUAAAGGCGAUUGUUGCAUCGGGUCAAAAAUUCCUCGUCAAGAAUAGUUGUGGAAUUGUAUGGAACGCUUUGAAGCUGGUCUACGAAUUUUCAAGACCGGCCACAAAGAAAGCAGAACUUGUCGUGGUUCAGAAGGUUGAAAUAAAAUCUGCAAGGGCUGAGAAGAAACCUAGUAUUGCUCAAAGACCAAAGACAUUGUCAGUGGCUGAAUUAGAAGAAAAAUUGGAGCGCACGCGUCAAGGUUCUCCUCAAUGGGGUUAUAGUGGUUCUUCUGCACCUAUGGCGCCUGACAGUUUUAAGAUCAAGCCAAGCUCUGACUUGACAGAUUCAGCUCAAGUAGUGAUUUCUGAAGGCUCUCUCAAUUUCAACAGCUCUUCUAGUACUCUUUCUUCCUAUUCUCCGCGGUCUGAGAACCGCGUGAUCGAGGUUAGUGAGUCGCAAGCACCCGGUACUGAUAAAAGUCAAUCAAACCAUGUCGAGUCAAUAGCUCCGUCGAAAGCUCCAUUGCAACCACCUCAACCACAGAUUCCUCAAUCGUUGGGUUCUGCGGCUGUUUUUCCUCCCAACAUGAUCUACGCUCCAGUUCAACCUGGGCCAUUCACCCAGCCAAUGAUGUAUCCACAAUAUGGUAUACCUCCAUAUGGUCAACCUCCAGCUCCACAGACAACCCAAGGCUUUGGGCAAGGCUAUCCUCCCAACUGGGCGGUUCAGCAGUAUUUUCAGCAAGGUCAGUACCCAUUCAUCGGUCAACCUCAACAGCCCCAGUAUCGGUUCCAAGGACAACCGGCUGCUGGUCAGGCUGCUCAGUUUCCCUACAUUGCUAGGCCUUGA